GCCUUCUUUCCCAUACCGAUGGCGCAGCCCCCGAACCCCACCACUUCGUCGCACUCCGCUCGCUACCUCCGUCUAAUCGAGGUUCUCCGGUGCGAAGGAACGUUCGAGCCCCGGUUCGACGUGGAGCACGCCACUGCCUGGCUUGCCUGGGCCCAUGGUGCUCGCUGGCUCGUGCGGAUGCUCUUCGAGUCCUACGCUCUAGCGACUGCUCACGGCGACGCCCGCAUCCCCCUUCCGUCCGGUAUCCCCGAGGUCUGUGAGCUUAUCGAGCACCUGGACCGCGUGUUCCUCAACCUCCGCUCCGAGCAGAACGAGGCGCCGCUCCUAUACGCGACCAUCCCUUGGUCCCCGGACCAGCUUCAGAAGGAGCAAGCCGCCGCGGAAGAAGCCCGACCCCCUCCUCCUCCAUCGUAUAAUGAUCCUCCCCUCCGCCUCUCCUCCCUCCGCGGUUCGACCGAUGUGUAG